AUGAAGACCACUUGGAAGGACAUCGCUCCUGUUCCAACGUCCCAAGAAUUUAUUGAUAUCGUUCUCAGCCGGACACAGCGACGGCUGCCGACGCAAAUUCGAGCCGGCUUCAAAAUCAGCAGGAUUCGGGGUUUCUAUACCAGAAAAGUCAAGUUCACCUCUGAGACCUUCUGCGAAAAGCUGCAAGCAAUUCUCGAAGGAUUCCCCCGCCUUCAAGACAUCCACCCGUUUCACAAAGAUCUUUUGAAUACCCUCUACGAUGCCGACCACUUUAGAAUUGCAUUGGGUACAUUGUCGACAGCCAAGCGCUUGAUUGAGACCGUGGCAAGAGACUAUGUGAGACUGCUAAAAUAUGCACAAUCUUUGUUCCAAUGCAAGUCAUUAAAGAGGGCGGCUCUUGGCCGCAUGGCAACAAUUUGCAAACGAUUGAAGGAUCCCUUGGUGUAUCUGGAGCAAGUGCGACAACAUCUGGGACGUUUGCCCAGCAUCGACCCUAAUACCCGGACUCUCCUCAUCUGCGGAUAUCCAAAUGUCGGAAAGUCCAGUUUCCUAAAGUCGGUUACCCGAGCCGAUGUCGAUGUACAGCCCUACGCCUUCACCACCAAGUCCCUUUUUGUUGGACACUUCGACUACAAGUACCUUCGUUUCCAAGCCAUUGAUACUCCCGGUAUUCUUGAUCAUCCCCUGGAAGAAAUGAACACGAUUGAAAUGCAAUCGAUUACAGCUAUUGCCCACUUGAGGUCGGCCAUAUUGUAUUUUAUGGAUCUCUCAGAGCAGUGCGGAUACUCAGUCCAGGCACAGAUGGCUCUUUUCACCUCAAUAAAGCCGCUGUUUGCCAACAAACUGGUCUUCAUCGUGGUAAACAAGACCGAUGUGACCAAGCCCGAGGAUCUCGACCCAGAACUACAACGCCAGCUACAGGACCUCCUCACGCAGAACUCCAACACCGAGCUACUUCAACUGUCAUGCAUCACCAAUGAAGGCGUUCAAGAAGUGAAAAACACUGUCUGUGAUCGACUGAUUGCCGAUCGCGUGGCAGCCAAGCUCAAAGCCGGUCAAGCCUCACAAUCUGCCACCGCCGAUGCUCCGUCCGGUCGUCUUGGAGAUCUUCUCGCCAGGAUCCAUGUUGCGAGACCGAUGGAAGGUGCAGUCAGCGAAACAUACAUUCCCGAAGCCGUCAAAAAUGGCACCCACAAGAGAUACGACAAGUCCGACCCGGAGAGAAAGAGACUGGAACGCGACCUCGAGGAAGAAGAAGGCGGUGCCGGUGUUUACAAUAUCGACCUCAAGAAGUUUUACGACUUGGCAGAUCCAGAAUGGAAGCAUGACAAGGUUCCAGAAUUCUUCAACGGCAAGAACGUUGCAGACUAUGUCGACCCUGAUAUCGAGGAGAAACUGGCUGCUCUUGAAGCCGAAGAAGAACGAUUGACGCAAGAAGGAUUUUACGACGAGAGCGACAGCAUGGACGACGAAGAAGAUGCGGAGAUCCACAUGAAGGCAGAGCUGAUCCGCAACAAGCGCACCUUGAUUAUGAACGAGGCCCGAAUGAAGAAGAGUCUCAAGAACAAAGCACAAAUCCCGAGAGCGAAGAAGUCGCGGACGUUGGGACAGAUGGAGAAACAUCUCACCUCUAUCGGCCUGGACGCUUCGUCUGCUACGGACCGGGCUCGAGCCCAGAUUCGCAACGCUCCUGCUCGCUCCACGGUCGGUGACGAGAUGGAAAUCGACACGCCUUCUGCCAGAGUCAAGGCCAUUUCAAGGGCACCAAAGACCAACCGGUUGACGGAUGGAUUAGGUGCCAGCGCCACAGGUGUCACGGACCCAGCGACACGGGAGAAGGCUUCUCGCAUGGCGAAGUUGAGUCAGAGAAAGAUGAACCGCAUGGCGAGACAAGGUGAAGCUGAUCGCCAUGAGACUGCCUCCCUACCUGCCCACUUGCUCAAGGGCAAGAGAAAGAUGGGUUCGACUAGAUCGAGGUAG